AUUCCAUUGAAUGUUAUAAUGGAACUGAACCAGGUAACAAAUGUUUCAGAACUAUUCCACAAAUUUAUGCCAGAUACUAAUAUGGACGAAGCUCAAAGACGUUUUAUCACAACAGGUUUUCAAAGUAAGCGGAUGAACUUAUUAAAAAUGUAUAAAGUAUUGGUAUCGCAGUACAACGGAGAAGGAAAAUUAGAAUUCAAAGGUAGAAAAACGGUGUCAGUAGACCGACAUUUGAAGUGCAAGUGCGGAUGCGUCGUUAAAGAAGAAAACUGUGGCCCAUUGCAGACGUACAAUGUCAAAGAAUGCCGUUGUAAGUGCAGCAACGAAGAUGACGAAGAGAAGUGUAGCAACGAAUACGAUUUAAAGCAAUGGAACUCGGCGACAUGCAAGUGCGAAUGUCGUGAAAUCAAGGAAUGCACUUCGGGAUAUGGAUUUGACAAUUAUACUUGCGGGUGUGAACCCAUAAGAAUGAGAACUAAAAACACUGGUGGCACUCAAUUGAACAGAAACAAAUAUUCAUUAGCAGUACCAUGAGCUCAAUUCUCCGGAGAAAAAAAAUCAUACUAAUUGUGUACAUUAUAUACGAUAAUAAUAUUAUACAUAGAUCGUUCUGUUAUUUAUAUUAUUUACACUAUUAUUUAAGACUAUUAUGAUAUUAUGUUGAAAUUGUUGUUUGUCCAUAUUCUUGCUCAGAGUAAAAUGAUGGUUUGUUCGAAAGACGAUUGCAGUUUAGUAACGAUUCAUUUUUGGCUUAAAAAGUGCUUAAAACGAAAAGAUUUGUAGAAUAAUAAUGUUUUUACGUUUCAGAUAGGUAUGUAGUCAAAGUAUAAUAAAAUAAUUUAUAUCAUAAUUUAAAUUCUUAGAUAUAAAGACUUUUUCAAAAUAUACUUAUAAUUGGAACUCCGAAUUUGAACCAUAACAAAUAGCAAUUAAAUCAUAAAAAUAUAUAAAAAAUCAAUGAAAUCACAUUUUAGUGUGUGUCUUCCUUCCAUAAUACAGUGGUUUGUUAUUAUUUUAAUUUAAUUAUUAAUCAUAAUCAUAAAUCAUAAUAAUCCCAUCAGUUGAAAAAUACUGAUUCCCAAACAAUUCAACGCUGUUUAAGAUUCUUUGGUAAAUUAUACUAUGGUUAUACAUUAUUAUGUAUUUUUAA